AUGUCCGGAAUCUACGACAAAGCCAAGGACGCCGUCUCAAACGCCGCCGAAGCUGUGAAGGACAAGUUCAAAGACAUGACCGGUCAGUCGCACGAGGACCGUGCCCGUGACAGCGCUCAAUCAGCCUGGGAUGAGACCAAGGAGAAGGCCGGCGAGGCGAAGGAGAACGCCAAGGAGAAGUACGAGAAGGUCGAGAAAGAGUUCAAACAACUUGACGUCGAUGCUUUUGUAGCGAUGAGCUCGUUGCCCGCAUUUGUGGAACGAUGUUUUCGAGAAACGGAUUUCAAAAACGCCUCACUGUCGCUCUACGAUGUGCACUGCCCGGAACUCUUCGCUUUCGCCAUCUUUCCAUACGUCCUCUUUCUUUUACUCUUCCCCAUUCAAGCCUUCAUGCUUUAUGGAAAGAGAAAAAAUGAGAAAUAUUCGAUAAAUGUUUGGAUGCUAGCGAGAAUGAUUAUUUUCUCUUCGUUGGCCUUUUUGAGUGUUAUCGAGAUGUUGUUGUGUUAUAUGAAAGAAAUCGAAGUUUUUGAGAUUAUUUACAACGGAAUCGUGGCUACGAGUAUGCUAGUGAGCGUCGUCUCCAUCACUUUAUCAGCCCAAGCUGGCCGCCGCUACAAUGGCCUUCUCAUCUCAUUUUCGAUCGCCUUUCUCCUCUUCGAGGCGUGCUUUUUGAUGCAAGCGUACCUCAAACAUCCAUUGAUGGUCCCACCAAUGGCCAAUGUUCAACGUGUCCUGUUGCUCGUCGCUUUAAAUGGCCUUUUUUUCGUACGCGAUCGAGCUGUUCCGAUAAGCGGCCGAAGAAGUCCGAUCAAUUUGGCCGGCUUCCACUCGAUUCUUUUCAUCUCAUGGUUCACAAAGCAGGUCUCAUUGGGAAAGAAGAAGUUUCUUGAAAUGCGAGAUCUCUUCGCUUUGCCAACGCAAGCCACCUCAGCGUUUCUUCAUCCAAAAUGGAGAGAUGCAUGGGAAAUCGAGAGAACAAACGCAAAAUCUCCAUCAAUCGUUCGUGCUAUUCUCCGUUGUCAUGGCCCCAAGAUUUGCUUUAUUUCAACUAUUCAGGUGGUCAGUGAUGUGACGAGCAAGUUGAUGAAUCCAUUAUUGAUCAAAUGGCUAAUCGCAUCGGUUCACUCAUCCGCCACUCCCCUCUCCUUUAUGGUCCUUUGUGCAAUUGGGAUCUUUUUGGGGGCCGAGAUGAAAUCACUUCUCAGCGGUUAUUACACCUAUGGAAUGUAUCAAAUCUCUACGUAUGUGCAGACAAUUUUGUCGGGCGCUGUUUUAGAAAAGAGUCUGAAACUGAGCAACGAGGUUCGUGGACGGUACGAUGUCGGCUAUUUGGUCAAUUUGAUUGCCGUCGAUGUGGAGAGAAUCUGUAGCUUCAUCCCGUUCUCCACGGAGUUGUUCACCACUCCAAUACAACUGCUAUUCUCGAUGCUGAUGCUUACGUGGCUCCUGGGCAUCUAUGCUCUUUCCGGCUUUCUCGUCAUCGUCUUUGUGAUUAUCUUCAAUAUUCUCUCGGCUAGUUUCAUCAGAAACUACCAAGCAAAGCAGAUGAAACUGAAAGAUGAACGAGCCAAAAUGUGCAAUGAGGUUCUCAACGGGAUCAAACUCAUCAAAAUGUACGCUUGGGAGGAAGCGUUUGAGGCAAAAGUGCAACAACUCCGCGAAAAAGAGGUGAAAAUGAUCAAAAGCAUUAAUUUGAUUGCCCGUUCCGUCGAUAUCAUCAAUCAAGCCUCCACUUUUUUGAUAGCUUUUGUGGUUUUCGGUCUUGUCGUGCUCGUCGCCAAUGAGGAGCUUUUGACACCAGAGACUAAAAUCAUUUCUAAAUCCACCAAAUUUUCGGUGGUUUUUGUGGGCUUGACGUUGUUUGCACAACUUCGUCUACCUAUGCGACUUCUCGCGCUCACUCUACUCCAACUUGGACAGACGAAGGUCUCCGUGGAGCGCAUCAAGUGCUUCUUAUUGGACAAGGAGAUGGAGAAUCAAAACACGGAAUCGAGCAUCGAAUCAGAUAAUGCAAUACAAAUUGAAAACGGCUGCUUUAAAUGGUCGGAAGACGAUGAGAGCGCUUGUCUAUCGGUGGUGAAUUUGAGUGUGAAAAGGGGCGAGCUCGUGGCUGUCGUCGGAGCGGUCGCCUCGGGGAAAAGCAGCUUGCUUGCGGCGAUUUUGGAUGAGAUGAUUCUAUCGACGGGCCAAGUGGCAAAGAACGGCUCUCUUUCCUUCUGCCCCCAGCAACCAUGGGUGAUCAACGCGACAAUUCGAGAGAAUAUUCUGCUCGGAAAACCGUUCGAGGCGGAACGUUUCAAACGUAUCAUCAAUGCCACUCAGUUGAGCACGGACUUGCAGGGCUUCGAGCACCGAGAUCUCACCGAGCUUGGGGAAAACGGUGUCACACUGUCCGGCGGUCAAAAGGCGCGCAUCGGCUUGGCGAGAGCUCUCUAUCAGGACUGUGAAAUCAUUCUUCUCGACGACGUGCUCGCAGCAGUCGACGUUCAUGUGGGCACCACGAUUUUCCAAAAAGUCAUCGGAUCGACUGGGCUGCUGGGGGAAAGACGAGAAUUCUUGUCACUCACGGACUUCACUAUGCAAAGUUUUGCGAUCGAGUUGACGUCAGAUCCCCUCUUCCAAAGGCUUCUCGCUGAGAACAAGAAAGAGGAAGAAGAAGAAGAAGAAAGUAUUGCGGAUAAAUGGGAAAACGCCGAGCCGUCGGUUGGAGACGGCGACGCUUUCGAGUGUGGAGACGAGGAGAAGACAAGGCAGGCGAUCAUGCAGAAGGAAAAACUCGAAACCGGAAGGGUAAAAACUUCAACGUAUAUGGUCUAUUUCUCCAAUUUGCCCCUUUUCCUUUCGAUUCUCAUCGGUUUGGCACAAAUUCUUGGAAUAGGAAUGGGCAUCUGGAAGAAUUUGUGGCUAGCGAAAUGGACGAGCGAGACGUCGCCGGGGAACAUGACGGCGGAGAAAAGUGAAACGAUCGAGCGUUUCCUUGUUUUCACCGGGCUGGGAUUGGCCGAAUGUUUUUUCUUACUCCUCUCGACUUUAACUCUGAUGAUUGGCUGUGAGAGGGCGUCUCUUCGUCUCCACUCUCCUUUACUACACUCGAUUCUGCGCUCACCGAUCGAGUUCUUCGACACGACCCCGAUCGGGCGAAUACUCAAUCGAUUGUCAAGGGACUUUGAAGUGAUUGACUCGCAACUCCCUCGAACACUCUCCGAUCUGUCGGUCAACGUGGCACAGUUUCUAUUGAGCGGGAUUAUGGUUUGCAUCGCGAUCCCGGCAUUUCUGAUUGUCAUCGUUCCCUUUCUGCUCAUAAACUAUUUUAUUUUGUGUUUCUACAUCUCGACGGCUCGCCAACUGAGACGCCUCGAAGGAGUGCAUCGGUCGCCGAUUCUCGCCAAGUUUCGCGAGUCGAUUCAGGGAUCCGCGAGCAUUCGCGCCUACAAAAUGAUCUCUCGACAAGUCGACUCGUUUUCUCGCGACGUGGACGCAUUUGCACGCUGUCGUUUCCUCGCUUACACCUCGAAUAGAUGGCUCGGAUUACGUAUUGAGCUUCUUUGCAACAUGACCGUCUUCCUGGCGGCUCUCUUCGGCAUCGUUGCCUCGAGGCUCGACUCGAUCUCUCCGUCAAUACUCGGGUUGUGCAUCUCGUCGGCAGUGCUCAUCUCCGAAGUUCUCUACUAUGGACUGAGAAUGGUGAGCGAGUUGGAGACACAAGCAAUUUCUGUUGAGCGAAUCGAAGAGUAUUUGAACUUGGCUUCGGAAAAAGAAUGGCGAUCCCCAAAUAAGCCACCCGAAAAUUGGCCAACAAGCGGGCAAGUCACUUGGACGGAUUACUCGCUGAGAUACAGAAAAGCCCUACCACUUGUUCUUAAAGAAAUCACAGCAGAGAGUCGAGAAAUGGAAAAAGUCGCCGUUGUGGGAAGGACUGGAUCGGGUAAAAGCUCUCUCGCCGUGGGCUUUUAUCGUUUGGUGGAAGCGGCAAAUGGUACGUUGACAAUAGAUGGAGUGAAUGUCGCCGAUAUUGGGCUGCACGAUCUGAGAGAAAAGUUAACGAUCAUUCCUCAGGAACCGGUACUCUUCUCGGGAACACUUCGUUUCAAUCUCGAUCCAUUCGAUGCUUUUGGUGACGAGAAUUUAUGGAAUGUACUCGAGGAAUGCCAAUUGAAGACCCGUUUCGCGAACACUCAAAACGGAUUGAAUUACGAGAUUUUGGAGGGAGGAUCGAAUAUUAGCAUGGGACAGCGACAGUUGAUCUGUUUGGGAAGGGCUCUACUGCGAAAGACGAAAAUACUGAUACUUGAUGAGGCGACGGCCUCCUGCGAUUCGCACACUGACACGAUCGUCCAAUCGGUCAUCCGUCGACAUUUCAAAGCGUCCACCGUUUUUGCUAUCGCCCAUCGAUUGGACACAAUCAGUGACUAUGAUCGAAUCCUGGUGCUUUCCGAUGGGGAAAUCGUCGAGUUCGACUCGCCGCAAGCGCUCGAAGCGAAUCAGAACUCUCAUUACUCUCAGCUACGACGACGAAUCAACAGAAAACUCGACCAA